GUUUGGGAUGUAGCAUACUUUGCGCUGCUACAUACGCACCCUUACCUCUGUGUUUGUUGAGUCCGUCUCCUUUUUGCUCUAGAUUAGCCAUAUUCAAUCAUAGGUUUACUAACACGCCCCUCUCUCUGUCAUUCUCCCUGCCUCUGUCCCCCGCACAUAUUUCAUAGUCUUGACCCUGACAUUGUUCGUACAGUAUUUUAUUUUUGAAGUGUAUUUUUGACAGAAUUGCGCACAGAUGGAGGACUAUCACAAACCCGACCAACAGACUCUGCAGGCACUUCGAAACGUAGCCAACCGGCUCAGGAUCAACUCUAUAAAGGCUACAACUGCUGCAGGCAGCGGACACCCCACAUCAUGCUGCAGUGUGGCAGAGAUCAUGUCUGUGCUCUUCUUCAACACCAUGAAGUACCGCCCUGAGGACCCCCGCAACAUCAACAAUGACCGCUUCGUCCUCUCCAAGGGUCAUGCGGCACCGGUGCUGUAUGCAGUGUGGGCUGAGGCAGGCUACCUGAAGGACAGCGAGCUGCUCAACCUCCGUAAGGUCGACUCCAUCCUGGAGGGACAUCCUGUGCCGAAGCAGCAGUUUGUGGAUGUGGCCACCGGCUCUCUUGGACAGGGUCUGGGUGCUGCCUGUGGGAUGGCCUACACUGGGAAAUACUUUGACAAGGCCAGCUACAGUGUGUACUGCCUGCUGGGUGAUGGGGAGAUGUCUGAGGGCUCUGUGUGGGAGGCCAUGUCCUUCGCCUCUUACUACCAGCUGGACAACCUAGUGGCCAUCCUGGACAUCAACCGUCUGGGACAGAGUGACCCGGCUCCCCUGCAGCACCAUGUGGAGAAGUACCAGAAACGCUGCGAGGCCUUUGGGUGGAAUGCCAUCAUUGUGGACGGGCACAGUGUGGAGGAGCUGACCAAGGUUCUGAGCCAACCCCGGCACCAGCCCACCGCCAUCAUUGCCAAAACCAUCAAGGGCAAGGGAAUCUCAGCUGCAGAGGACAAGAUGGGCUGGCAUGGGAAGCCCCUGCCCAAGGAGAUGGCUGAGGGGGUAAUGAAGGACAUCCAGGCGCGCAUCAUGAACACCACCAAGCGCCUGUACCCCGCUACGCCCACCGAGGACUCACUGCCAGUCAGCCUGCGCAACGUCCGCAUGCCCAAUGCACCCAACUACAAACUCGGAGAGAAGAUUGCCACGCGGAAGGCCUAUGGCAUGGCUCUUGCUAAGUUGGGCCGCUACAACGAGCAUGUUGUGGCUCUGGAUGGAGACACCAAGAACUCAACCUUCUCUGAGCUCUUUAAGAAUGAGCACCCCGAACGCUACGUUGAGUGCUACAUCGCUGAGCAGAACAUGGUGAGCAUUGCAGUGGGCUGCGCCACGCGGGAUCGUAACGUGGUGUUCGCCAGCACCUUCGCCACCUUCUUCACACGUGCCUACGACCAGCUCCGCAUGGCUGCCAUCUCUGAGAGCAACAUCAAUCUGUGUGGCUCCCACUGCGGCGUGUCCAUCGGAGAGGAUGGACCUUCUCAGAUGGGCCUUGAAGACAUUGCCAUGUUCAGAGCCAUUCCCACGGCAACUGUUUUCUACCCUAGCGACGGUGUCUCCACUGAGAAAGCUGUGGAGCUGGCUGCUAACACAAAGGGUGUGUGUUUCAUCAGAACCAGUCGCCCAGAGAACAGUGUUCUUUACAACAGCAACGAAGACUUCCAAGUGGGACAGGCAAAGGUUGUGUACAAGACCAACGAUGAUCACGUGACAGUGAUCGGAGCUGGCGUGACCCUACACGAGGCACUGGCAGCUGCUGAAAUGCUGAAGAAAGAGAGGAUCAACAUUCGAGUGAUUGAUCCUUUCACCAUCAAGCCUCUGGACUCCAAGACCAUCAUCGAGCACGCCAAGGCCACCAGGGGCCGCAUAGUCACAGUAGAGGACCACUACUACGAGGGUGGCCUGGGGGAGGCGGUGUGUUCUGCUGUGGUGAAUGAGACCGGCUUCAACGUGCACCGUAUGGCCGUGGCCCACGUCCCCCGCAGCGGCAAACCCACUGAGCUCCUCAAGAUCUUCGGCAUCGACCGUGACACCAUUGCGCAGGCUGUCCGCAAGAUGCUCAGCAGUUCCGCCAACGCCAAGUAGACCACUACCAGCGCCACUGCAACAUGCCAUUGUCAUGGAAACGUCAACCCGAAAACACUUCUGGCAACCCCCGCUCUCCGAGAAUACGAAGUAUGAAUCAAAGGAUUCGAAAAAAGCAAAUAUGCUACUUCUGAUAACUGUCAUUGAUGUGGUUUUGACCCUUGAUCCAUUGAGUUGGCCCCUUGUAAGUUCAGUACUCCACUCCCCCACAAUCGACCCCAUCCUAGAGAAAGUCAUGAGUACUGCUGUAGUCUGAGUGAGGUGAACGUUAAAAUAAAAUAAAAAUUGGUCUGAUUCUCUCACAUUUUGAUGCGACACACCCUGUACCCCACGUGAGCGAGUGUGUGAGUGGACAUGGGUCUGGUGUAGAGCACUGUUUUUAGCCCCUCAUCCUGACUGGGACUUCACACCAAUAAAGGAAUGGUUUCUUCACACCC